CUCUUCCUCUGCAGGAAGGGAAAUGCCUGCCCUGCGAGCUGAGCCCAUUAAGCUGCAGUCACUGCACUAGCUGCAGGCAUCUCCAGCUCUUCCCAGCCUGGGACCCUGGACCUCAUGAUCACACCCAGCUGACCCUCUCCUACCAGGGGACUGUGCCCACCUCAUCCUGUGCCACCCAGACACCCAGAGAAUGGUGUGAUUGCAGGGGGCAUCUCCCAAAACUUCUUAGGACCUUGGAAGAUGAGCACAGACGUCACCAAACCUACUCUUGCACCGAAACCACAAGGCCUCGAUGGAUUCAGUUCUCUGCCCCUUGCAAAAUGUUCAUCUGCAUUAAUCUCUAGAGCUGGCCUUGUUCACCAGAAGAAGCCUAUGUCCAGGGGCCCCAAGCCCCCCAUUGCACCAAAACCAGUCCUUUCACCUGCUACAGAAAGAAGGUCCAUAGAGGACACCAAUAACUCUUUGAAUAAGUGUGCAAAUGGGGAGGCCGAUUGUUCUGUGGAUGAGAUUUUUGAUGCGGAUAAUUUCAGCCUGGAAUGUUCUGAAUCAGAGACAUUAGACAUGACUUAUGAGGAUUAUAUCGCAGCUCCUGACUCUCAGCUCACAGAUGAAGAAGGUGCUGAUUUUGAAUGUGAAAAGAGCUCUUGUUUUGAGGUAUGCACAGGCACCUGGGGGACUCCUCCAGGGGAAGGUGACAUUAUUAAUGACAAAAGCUGCAGCCCUUCUGCAGUUGGGGAGGAAGACAGUGGUCGUCCAGACAGUGUCCCAUCAGGAGAUGUGGAAUCAGGAGACUCUACAGAAGUUGAGGACAGCGAUAACACUGAUGCACUUAGCUUACGAUCUUCAUCCACCGCCGAGGCAGACAGCUUGGUGCCUCCUCCAGGAUGCGAAAACCUACAAUUUAAAAGUGACCUUGAGAAUAUGGAGGACUUUUUACCCGUAGAGGUCAAUGAAUGUAACACGGAAGAUGAAGAAAUUGAUAGUGACCUCAAGAUCAUGCCGUGUGGAGAUGUUAUUUUAACUGAGGUGUGCUUGGAUAAUCUGACUGUUCCUGAUGAAACUAGCCAAAAAGAGGAUAUGAACUGUGAGUCAAGUUGGGAGGUUACUCCAUACAACGAGGACUCUUUGGAAGUUUGCGUUGCUAUUGAAGACUCUGUCGUAAAGUCAGAGGUGGAAGUAGUGGAUGCGUGUUUACUGCAGGGUUCCUCGGCUCAUAGUGAUGAAACAGAAGAGGUACAGCAAGAAAUAGCUGCUGAAACUUCAGAUUGUGUGGUGGAAACUACCGAGGAAGCCACCAGUGAAGACGAAAUCUGUAAAGAGCCACAAGAGUCAAGCAACUGUAAUGAAGAUCUAGCGGUAGAUUUAACUGGUUCAAAUAAUGCUGAAGAAGAAGAGGACCAUCAAGAAAGCAUAGAUGAUGAAAUAAAUGAGAGGGAAUGCAAGGAAGACAUCACAGACGACAACACACAAAUUACUGAAAUUGCUGAGGAAGAAAUGGAGGAUGUGGGCGAAGAAGACAAUGCUGAGGAGAGCUGCCAAAUUAUUCCAUUUGAAAAUGAGGUUAGUGAAGAUGUAGCUGAGGCCCCUGAAGAUCUGUCAUACCUGGCAAACGGACUAGACAACAAUCUAAUUUCAGAGCCCAUAAUAGAGUCUGAAAUGGAGGAGAAAGAUGAAUGUAUUUCUGAUAAAGGACAAAGUGACAAAGAACCAGAAACUGGUGACACGGAACAGUCAACAGAGGUCAGUGAUACAGCUGCCAAUGGAGACGGAAGUAACACAUGGGAUGAACAUCCAUCUGCUCUUACUCAGGGGGAAGUAAUUGAAGGGGGCGAAGCUGACACAGCAGAGGUGUCACCUGAAAAUCAGGAAGGGGAGGUCAACCAGCUGUCGGUGGCCUCUGAGGAAAACACACCAAAAAGUGAGGUAAUAGUUGAGGAAGAGGAUGAGAGCAACCCCUAUGUACUGGAGGACAGCGUGCAGUCGAGAAACAGGAAGUUACUCAGUGUAGAGGAUUCUGGUCUCACUAGGGCUGAUGGGGAAGCCAUCAGACACCACCCCAUGAUGGAGGAAGGCAACUAUGAUGGGGAUAACCAUUUACUCUGCAUUGAUAGAAAAAAUAUUGUGACAAGGACAAGGUCCUAUUCGGGAAAAAUACCCGGUAAUGUUCCUGAAACCGUGCCGGAGGAAACAGGAGCUGAGAUAGACUCCCAAACCUUAGUGUGUGACUCUCGGACAAAAAGCAUAGUUGAUAAACCUGAGCCCAAGGCACUGGAUUUAGGGAGAGCUCUACCUAGAAAGCCAAGUCGUUUUAUAUUGUACCCUCGCUCGUAUUCCGUCGAGGGCAGGGAGAACACCGUUUCGCUGUAUAUGGAGUCUGAUGUACAUUUCUCGCCUUAUGUUAUUAGUUCUUCUGGGAGUUUUUCUCAAAGACACAAUCACCCCUCUAGUGGAAUGUCUACCCCCACUUCCGUUGUGGAUAUCCCUCCACCUUUUGAACUGGCUAGCAUUACAAAAAAGCCAAUUACCAAAAGUUCCCCUUCGCUCCUGAUUGAAAAUGAAUCCUCUGAGAAAUCCUUCAAGAAGAAGAAGUCAUCUUUUAAGCGGUUUCUCACUCUAAAGUUUAAGAAGAAGACAGAAAACAAAGUUCACGUUGAUGUUAAUGUAUCCUCCUCCAGGUCGUCUUCGGAGUCAAGUUACCAUGGUCAAUCUAGGCUUUUAGACAUGGACAGAAGAAGCCUAGGGAACUCUCCACAGUUGCACAGACAUUCCGGAAUGCACUUUCUUCCAGAUUCUCCCUCUGCCAUCCUCUACUACAAGGAUAUGAAGAAAAAAGGAACAUCUAAGGCGUUCAACAGAAGUGUUGCUAGAGUUGAGUCAUUUGAGGAUCGCUCCAGAGCCGCCUUUAUGCCUCUGCCUUUAACAAAACCCAGAUCCAUUUCUUUUCCUAAUGCCGAUACCUCUGAUUAUGAGAACAUUCCCGCCAUGAGCUCGGAUUAUGAAAACAUACAGAUUCCUCCACGGAGGCCAGCUCGGGCUGGAACCUUCACUGAAUUUUUUGAAGACCCCAGCAGGGCUUUGUCGUCUGCCAAUGAGAAUGAUGGAUAUGUGGACAUGAGCAGCUUUAAUACGUUUGAGGUCAAGCAGCAGACACCUGAAAAGGAAGCAGAAAGUGCCUACACGGAACCUUACAAAGUCUGCCCCAUUUCUGUGAACAACACAGAGGACUUCACCUCUGAUGAAGACCAAAAAAGCUCAGAAGACGAAGAAAACAGUCCUGGGGAGGGUGGAAUCGUUCAGAAGAAGAAAGGUACCCUGAGAGCACUUAGCAUCGUAGAGGAACUACUGACGUCGGAGAAAGUAUACGUUGAAAUGUUGAAACGUCUACACACUGAGUUCCAUGCAUCGGUGCUUAGGGUCUUGGGUGGUGAAGAGGAGGAUGGGGAAGAAGAGCUCAGACUGCGUCAUGGAUUGAGUGAGCUGCAUUACAUAUACCUACUCCAUGAAGAAGUCUUGCAAGAGCUGCAGGAAAGGAUACAACACUGGGAGGAGAACCAGAAGAUAGCUGGUGUGUUCCUUAGCCGCCAGUCUAGGUUCCAACACCACACAGCCUUCAUUGUUGCCUUUGAUAAAACAACAGCCGCUUUGGACAACUGUACCCUCAAAAACCCCAAAAUGGCACAUGCUGUUAGAGAAUUUGAGAAGAACCUUCAACGUGGGGAAGCGAGCGUGAAGCAUGAACUGAUGAAGGUAGUUCAGAGGGUCUUCCAGUACCACAUGAUCCUUACAGAUUAUUUGAACAAUCUCUGUCCGGACUGGACGGAAUAUGAAGACACCCAGGCUGCCCUACUGAUUGUGUCUGAAGUCGCGGAUCGAGCCAAUGACAGCAUGCGCCAAGGGGAAAAUCUACAGAAAUUGAUACAAAUUGAAUACAGUGUCAGGGGUCAAAAGAGCCUCCUCCAGCCAGGAAGAGAAUUUGUGAAAGAGGGGACUCUAAUGAAGGUAGCCGGUAAAAACUGCCACCCCCGCCAUUUGUUCCUGAUGAACGACGUCCUACUGUAUACCUACCCCCAGAAGGAUGGCAAAUACCGACUCAAAAACACCCUUUCUAUCCCAGGAAUGAGGGUGAGCCGGCCUAUCGUGGAGAACACGCAGAACGUGUUAAAGAUCGAAUGCAUGGAAUGCUGUCUGAUGCUGUCAGCAAGCUCGUGCUCAGAGAGAGAUGAAUGGUAUAGCUGUAUCAGCAGAACUGUUCAGGAAUAUUACAAAGCGCCCACUGUGUCCGUCUAUCACAGCAUUGAGCUCAGGGAAAGGCUAGGCAUGUGCCUCGGUGAGAGACCCCCCAGCGUGGUGCACAUGUCUCACGUCACGAUGUGUAUGAACUGCGGCAGCGACUUCACUUUAACGCUGAGACGUCACCACUGCCAUGCGUGCGGCAAGACCGUUUGCCGGAGUUGUUCCAGAAACAAAUAUCCAUUAAAGUACCUCCGAGACAGACCGUCCAAAGUCUGCAAUGGCUGCUAUGCAGAGCUGAGAAAACGAGAACUGGCAGCCGCGAACACUAAUUCCUCCCCGCCUCCGCAACGGUCUACGGCAAGCACGCUAUCAUCCAUGUUUCACAUUUCCCCGUCUACCUUCAGGAAACAUAAGAAAAUCCCGUCAGCUCUGAUGGAGGCAGCGUCGUCCGGAGAAAACGCUACAAUUAGCGGCUAUUUGCAUCGCUGCAAGAAAGGCAAAAAGUACUGGAAAAAACGUUGGUUUGUCAUUAAAGGCAAAGUACUGUAUACCUACACAGCAUGCGAGGACAAAGUUGCCACAGAAAGUUUACCUCUGUUAGGUUUCCGUAUUGUGCCUGACAACUGGGACGAGAAUCCUAAAUUAGGCACAGUGUUCCAGCUUCACCACAAGCAAACCUUGUUUUAUAGCUUCAAAGCUACAGACACCAAUUCAGCCAUCAGGUGGGUUGAAGCCAUAAAGGCUGCGACGGUAUUAUAGCAUUUAAUGAUCAAGGACCUCAAGGGGCCUACAGAACUCAUGAAUCGUAUUCGAAUGUUAUUUUCUGAUCUCUGAAUGUAAAGACACAAAGCCACGUCUCCAGGAACCCGUGCUUCAAAUUCUCCAGCUCAUAAAACAGACUGAAUUCUCUUCCUCAAUGUACAUCAAUGGAUUUUUUACUAAAUACAAUAACUAAGUAGCCAAAGCUCCAGCUCGUCAACGAAGAAGUCGCAGCACCCC